GGGAAAGGAAGGAAAAAGAGAGAUUUGCCGUUUCAACUAACAUUGUUAGUUGGAGGCCAACAAUUGCCACCAAAUCCUUUAAUUAUUAUUUAUUUUUCUAAAUUAAUCCUCCUAAUUAGAUUCAUACAAUUUAAUAAAAAACAUAUAGUUUUUAAAUAAGUUUGUGGUCUGCAUCACCAUUUUUUUCUCUUCCAUUAGGUGGUGAUUUUCUUGCAGGCGGCAAAUGCAGCAUUAGGUAUUCUUUUUCUUCUUCAUCAUUUCUCUGAAAAUUCUCAAAAUUGUAAAUAUAAAAUUUUAAGUUUGAAUUAUUAGAGAAAAAUGCAGCACAAUAUAUUUACAUCAAUUCGUAGUUUGAAGUUACCAGAUGGAUGUAAAGGUACACAAAUUCAUGGCUUAAACCCAUUUGCUGGUUGUGGAGGUAUUGGUGCUGGUGCUGGUGCUGGUGCUGGUGCUGGUGGUGGUGGUGGUGGUAUUGUUGGUGGUGGUGGGAUUGGAGGAGAUGGUAAUCAUAGUAGAGUUAAUUCAAUAGGUUCAGUAUCUAAUAGAAUGAGUAUUUCAUCCAUGAAUGAUAUUCUUCUUCCAUGUGGAUUACCUGUUCCAGAUCUUAUUGAGGUACCUAUUGAAUCGUCUCUUAAAUCUGUUAAUUUUGUUCAAACAUUAGCUGAUUUAUAUCGCCGUCUUGAGAAUUCUUCAUUGGGUGCUAAAUCGGAUCUUUAUCUCGAACAAUGUACGGUUUUUCGAGGUGUGUUUGAUCCUAAAUUGAUUAGAAGAAGCCUCAGAACAGCUAGACAGCAUGCCGUUGAUGUUCAUUUGAAGGUUGUUAUAUCAGCUUGGUUGAGAUAUGAGAGAAGAGAAGAUGAGCUUGUUGGGGUUGAUACAAUGGAGUGCAGAGGGCGGGUCUUUGAAUGUCCUAAAUCAAGUCUUGAACAUGGAUAUGAUCCAGAUUCUGUGUAUGAUCCAUGCCCAUGUCGCCGUCGGGAUUCUACGGAUGAUUAUGCGGUCCCCAUUGAUGAAGAAGAACAAGAACAAUGUUCUACCUCAAAUGAAGAUGGGGAUGUUUCUUUUUGUAUUGGGGAUGAAGACAUUAGAUGUGUUAGGUAUAAUAUUGCUUCGUUAUCUAGGCCUUUGAAGACAAUGCUUUAUGGUGGGUUUAUAGAAUCUAAGAGGGAGACUAUAAGCUUCUCGCACAAUGAAAUAUCUGCACAAGGAAUGAGAGCAGUUGAGAUAUUUAGUCGGACACAAAGAUUAGACUCAUUUUCACCGACAAUUGUGUUAGAGCUUUUAUCAUUCGCGAACAAAUUUUGUUGUGAAGAGAUGAAAUCUGCUUGUGAUAAGCAUUUGAUGAGACUAGUGACCAACAUCGAGGAUGCAUUGGUGCUUGUUGAGUAUGGAUUGGAGGAAAUGGCGUAUCUUUUGGUGGCUUCGUGCUUACAGGUGUUCUUGAGAGAACUACCAAAGGCUUUGUACAAUACAAAUGUGAUGAGAUUGUUUUGUGGGUCGAAUUCAAGAGAGAGGUUAGAAAGGGUAGGGCAAGCGUCAUUUGCGUUGUAUUACUUCUUGUCCCAGGUAGCUAUGGAGGAAGAUAUGAAGUCAAACACCACAGUUAUGCUAUUGGAGAGAUUAGGAGAGUGUGCAAAUGAAGAUUGGCAAAAGCAACUCGCUUUUCAUCUAUUAGGUUGCGUGAUGUUGGAGCGGAAUGAAUUCAAGGAUGCUCAGCAUUGGUUUGAAUUAGCAGCUGAAGCCGGGCAUAUUUAUUCUUUGGCUGGUGUAGCUAGGGCAAAGUACAAGAGAGGUCACAAGUAUUUGGCGUAUAAACAAAUGAAUUCACUCAUAUCUGAGUAUAAUUCAGUUGGAUGGUUGUACCAGGAGAGAUCCUUGUACUGCAUUGGGAAAGAGAAGACGGCAGAUUUGAACGCAGCAACUCAAUUGGAUCCCACCCUUCCUUAUCCGUACAAGUAUAGGGCCGUCAUGUUGUUGGAGGAGAACCAAAUUGGUGCAGCCAUUUCGGAGAUCAACAAGAUCAUUAGGUUCAAGGUGACGCCUGAUUGCCUAGAAAUGAGAGCUUGGUUGUCGAUUGUGAGUGAAGACUAUGAGGGUGCUUUGAGAGAUAUUAGAACGCUGUUGACACUAGACCCAAAUUACAUGAUGUACCAUGGGAAAGUUCACGGAGAUCACUUGGUUGAGAUUCUCAGCAAACGUGUACAUCAAUGGAGUCAAGCAGAUUGUUGGAUGCAGCUUUACGAUCGUUGGUCCUCUGUUGAUGAUAUUGGGUCACUGGCUGUUGUGCAUCAAAUGCUGGCAAAUGAUCCCAAAAGGAGCCUUCUGAGAUUUAGGCAGUCUCUCCUUCUUCUUCGGUUAAAUUGUCAAAAGGCUGCCAUGAAAAGUUUGCGGUUAGCCCGAAACUAUGCUGCUUCAGAACAUGAAAAGCUUGUCUAUGAAGGUUGGAUUUUGUAUGACACUGGCCACCGAGAAGAAGCAUUAGCCAAGGCUGAGAAAUCCAUCUCCAUACAGAGAUCAUUUGAAGCUUAUUUCCUCAAAGCAUAUGCUCUGGCAGAUACAAGCCUGGACCCCGAAUCUUCGGCUUACGUCAUCGAACUUCUCGAGGAAGCUCUUCGAUGCCCUUCUGAUGGUCUUCGAAAAGGACAAGCAUUGAACAAUCUAGGGAGUGUCUAUGUAGACUGUGAUAAGCUGGACCUUGCUGCAAAUUGUUAUCUAAGUGCCCUUAGCAUUAGGCAUACACGAGCCCAUCAAGGUCUUGCUCGUGUUUAUCAUCUUAAAAAUCAACGGAAAGAUGCCUACGAGGAGAUGACAAAGCUUAUAGAGAAAGCGCGGAAUAAUGCAUCCGCAUAUGAAAAACGUUCCGAGUAUUCUGAACGUGAUUUAGCAAAAAAUGAUCUUAGUAUGGCAACACAAUUAGAUCCUCUGAGGACAUAUCCCUACAGAUACAGAGCAGCAGUUUUGAUGGAUGAUCACAAAGAAGAUGAAGCCAUCACUGAGCUUACAAAGGCUAUAGCAUUCAAACCAGACUUGCAGUUGCUAUACUUACGAGCAGCAUUCUAUGAUUCAUUGAGGGACUCUGCUUCAACAAUCCUAGACUGUGAAGCAGCUCUCUGCCUCGAACCUAACCAUGCGGACACACUCGAACUGUAUAAUAAAGCACGCGAGCAACUUAAUACUCAACAAUCAAAAUGAAGAGGGCAUGGACAUUUUUAUUCAGUCUCCUGAAAAUGUUAGGGGUGCAAUUGAACCUGUUCUUGCAGUACAGGUGAAUCCACCGUGUUUUGUCACCUCUAUUAGUUAAAGUCUGGAGGUUUCAGGCAUUUUCAUUAACUGGGCAGAAAGAUAAAAGAGCGCAAGGAACAUGAAGAAUUGAGACUGACAGAGAAGCAGAGGAUUAUUAGAUGUAUAUAAUUCUAAAUGAAACUGAAGGCGGUGAAACUUGAAUUGAUGCUGAUCGUGUAGUAUUCUCAAAUUUAGGCGGUGUUUGUAAAUGUUGAUAAAAGGAACUAAAUACCUGAUUUACGUGGAAAGGAUUAAGAUAUGUUUUCCAUUUUCCGGCUCAUUGUUUUCAUGUGUAAUGUAAUUAAUACCCUUCACAAUUUUCCCUUAUAAAAGGAUACAGAAGUGUCCCUUGUAAUCUUGUAAACCUAAGCCAACUUAACCAUUCAUCUUUACCUCAGA